UCAUAUCAUACCUUGCCCGGCCAGGUUUGUAUACCAAAGGCUGCAAAUAUUUCUACUGUUCUUCUUCUACUACAUUAUUUACAUGUCUUGCCAGACGUUGAUCAGUCCAGAAACAGCUGAGCCCAAGGCCCGAGCAGUGGGAGGCACCGAGCACAGCUGGUGCCGAGCGGUGCCUGGUGGCACUGGCAUAGCCGUCUUGGCCAUCCUCACAUCUAAGCUCCCUCGAAACUCGGUUCUAGAGAAUGCUCUCCACAAACUCCAAAAUUCUCAUCCAAUCCUUAGGUCAAGACUCCAUUCUGGCAGCAACACGAACACAUUUUCCUUCAUUACUUCUCCCACUCCUUUCAUUAAACUGAAAGCAUUCAACCUCUCGUCGACUUUCAAAAUCCUCGAAAACCCAUUGAACCCAAAAAACCAAUCUCUCUCACCCCUCCAUCUGGUCCUUGAGCAUGAACUUAACCAAAACUCAUGGUAUAACCAUAACAAGGCACCAUCAUCCAUUAAUGAGAUUCAAGAUAUGUUUUUUGCUACCACCUAUGCCCUCCCUAACGCAAAGUGGGUACUGGUUCUUAGGCUUCAUGCCUCGGCGUGUGACCGAACCACGGCUGUGUCUUUGCUGCAGGAACUGGUGGUGCUGGUGAGUGAAGAGGAGAGAGGUGCUCUGCAGAAGGAAAUAGCAAAUGAAGGGGAGGUUACUUCGAGAAUUGAGGAUCUUGUUCCUAAUAAGAAGGCUAAGAAGGGUUUGUGGGAGCGUGGGAUUGACAUGCUUGGUUACUCGGUGAAUUCACUUAGACUAACAAAUCUGAAAUUCAAGGAUUCAAGGUCACCAAGAUCUUCUCAGGUGGUAAGGUUGCAGAUGAACCAAAAGGACACGGAGACGAUCAUUGCUGGCUGCAAAUCAAGAGGAAUUAAGCUGUGUGGGGCUUUGGCAAGUGCGGGAUUAAUAGCUGCACACAAAUCUAAGAGUCGUGUGGAUAAACAAAGAAAGUACGCAGUCGUCACCUUGACUGACUGCAGAUCAGUUCUUGAUCCAACUCUUUCUAAUCACCAUUUUGGAUUUUAUCACUCUGCUAUUCUGAAUGCUCAUAUGAUGAAAGGGGGAGAAAAGUUAUGGGAGCUGGCCCAGAAAACGUACGCGGCAUUUGCUAGCUACAAGAAUUGCAACAGGCACUUCUCAGACAUGGCAGAUCUCAACUUCCUUAUGUGUAAGGCCAUUGAUAAUCCUGGCUUGACGCC